AGCUGUCACCACGCACAAGUAUUUAAAUCGUAUGUAAGUAUAAUUUUAAACUACUGAACAUACUUAUUUAUUUUUAUCAUUGCAUUACUUAUUAAGUUAUUAAUCCAAUAAGUAUAUAAAAGAAUAUUUAUAUACGUGGAUAUUUCUAUGCAAAACGCCACCAUUUCGCAUAUUAGAAAUAUCCAUGCGACCACUACAAAGCAACAACAAUAGCACCAUUAGCAGAUGUCAUCGUGCGUGCGACAAACAAAAGCGAAGGAAGAGAUAAAACAGCCAGGCAUGUCCGAGCCGUCUCAAUCAUAUCAGCACUACCUGUUCCUCCAGUCGCGGACCCACCCUCGCCCAAAAUGGUCGCCAUUUACGCACUCUUGUUCAUUCCUGUGAUCCUGGUAGCUUCAGAACAUUCUGGAGCGUACUCCUCGCCUCAAUAUGCGAAGAAAAUGUAUCCAAAGUUUGACACUAACGCGCUUUUACCUAACGAGAAGCCUCCGAUACCGUUUAAAAGGCAGAUCGAUAGAUAUGAUAGUGAUGGGAACGAUACGGCGCAGUACGCGAGGUCGUCGUUCCUAAAUUCGGCGGGUAGCUUCCUGAGCGGUGCCGGUGGACAAGCGCUGACGAGCCUGGCGAAGGAAUUUGUCGGGCGGUCAACCGGUAGCAGCCAGGUUGGUUUUGACUGCGUCUCGCAGGUCCUAAGCUUGAAUCUGACAAAUUUGGUGAUCCUGAUCGUGCUGAAGGCGUUAAUCCUAGCUGCUGGGUUCUUCGGGGCUGGAGCUUGGAAAGGUGGUCAUCACUACGCUAGGAGUCUUGAUGACAACACAAACGCCUCAUACAUCACAGAGGACGAGAUCUUGCUGUACCUGAGCUACUUGGCUGGACAACAGAGCCGAGACUAUGGUUGCCUGUACCGCCUCUCAUGCAAGAAGCCGCAACAGGCUGCACUUUAUUCAUCAGGGGCGGAGAUACUACUGCAAGGAGCGCGGUUGCUGCAAGGAAACAGCAUCGAAUUGGAGCCAUAUGAAGAAGUAUCAAAAGGCAUCAAGCAAGCGGCUGCUUGGGGCAAGGAAAGGAUGAACUGCGACACUCGUUACCAAUGUGAAGAAUAACCUGUAUAACACGUUAUCUUCUUCCAGAACCCUGCGAGCUGAUAGUCUGACAAAAAUACAGUGAAAUAGUAAUUCACCAUGGUUAUCCAAAGUAAUUUAAACGAAUGAUAUUUACAAAUAAAUAUGUGUAUGUAUCUUCUAUUCAUAGUCAAUGAGUUCUUCAGAACGGGCCUAAAGAUUUUAAUGAAUAAUUUGGGGCUGUUAUACGAAAAGUGGCUUAAAAUGGUAUUAGAAUGUCUGAAGGAAAGGUGGAUACGAAUAAGCAUACGAGGGUCGACGCACUCUCAACAAACACUUGUAACUUGUAAAUUAAAGUAAUCCGCGUAAGUUUUAUUGAAAAUUGUCAUAUUGAACUUUCGUCAAAAUGAACAAUACCUAAAAUUAAAUGUUUCUAUGUAUAAAAAAAUUAAAUUUCUUACUUCAGAAACUUCAGUGGUAGUGCGAAGUCAAUCACAGAGUACCGCCAAGUGAACGAUACCUAUGUACAUUCUACUAUGUACUUGAGAUUGAUUUCAUUUACCUUACGAGUAAUUAUAAUAUUUGUUUAGGCAGUACAAGCUAUUUGCUCAGUUAAUAAUCCAGUAACUGUUUAGUCAUGUAAAUAAUAAAAAUAAUAUACUUUCAAUAAAAGUAUUUUAUUUACCA